GGGGGUGUGGGCGUUCCAGCCUGGGGUGGGGUCCUGGGCCUGCCUGGUUCCUGACCUCUGCCCGGCUGCCUCCCUCAUUGGGGCCGGGGGCGGAGCCGAUUUCCUCCGCUUCCCGCUUCCCGCGGGGACGCUAACAAUGAAAGUGAAAGAGAGGUGGGGCGAGGGCGAGGCCUGUCGGUGGCCCAAUGGCCCCUGUGGCCUUGAGCACGCCCCCUCCCCCAGGCCUCGGCUGCUUUCCCUGUUAGGGAGAGCGGGAGGUGGGCCUGAGGCCCCGGGGUCAGAGGGGUGGCAUCUCAGCCGCCACGGAGGCCGGGUCUGGAACUUCUCAGACUGCUGUUGUCAAGCUCCAAGCUUCACCCAUUCCAGGCUGCGGGCUCCUCCCCCACGGCCCCCAUCGCCCCUCCACCCCGCGCUCCUAGAUAGCGCUGGCUCCCUCUGCGCCGCGCCCCACCCCAGCCCCCGGCCUUCUCCGGGCUCCCCCCAACACAGCACAGCAUCUCCCUGCCCACUGGAUGCAACGACCCGAGGGGCGCUGGGGGGCCAAGAUGCAGCACCGAGGCUUCUUCCUCCUCACCCUCCUCGCCCUGCUGGCGCUCACCUCCGCGGUGGCCAAAAAGAAAGACAAGGUGAAGAAGGGCGGCCCUGGGAGCGAGUGCGCGGAGUGGACCUGGGGGCCCUGCACCCCCAGCAGCAAGGACUGCGGCGUGGGCUUCCGCGAGGGCACCUGCGGGACCCAGACCCAGCGCAGCCGCUGCAGGGUGCCCUGCAACUGGAAGAAAGAGUUUGGAGCCGACUGCAAAUACAAGUUUGAGAGCUGGGGGGCGUGUGAUGGGGGCACAGGCACCAAAGUCCGCCAAGGCACCCUGAAGAAGGCGCGCUACAAUGCCCAGUGCCAGGAGACCAUCCGCGUGACCAAGCCCUGCACCCCCAAGACCAAAGCCAAGGCCAAAGCCAAGAAAGGGAAGGGGAAGGACUAAAAACCAGGCCUCGAUGCCAAGGAGCACCUGGCUUUACCUGGGGCCUGGCCCUGCCCUCCCCACAGGCCGGAGAUCUGACCUACCAGUGCCUUUUGUCUACUCUUAGCUUUAUCAAUCAUGCCCUGCCUCUUCCCGCUCACUGCCCACCCCCACCCCAAGUGCCCACAGUGGGGAGGGGCAAGGGAUUCUGGGAAGCUCGAGCCCCCCCAAAGGGAUUUCCUUCCCAGUACCCCCUUUUGUUCUUCCCCACAAUGAUACCAUUACUAAGAAACAAAUAAACCAACUUCUUUUCCCAAUAAAAGCUUUUCUUUUUUAAUAUAUAAAAGCCCCUU